AUGGCACCUGGAGCUUUACCAGAUGCUUCGUUCGCGGAUGCAGGGACAUACCUGUUUGCUAGGGACUUCAAGACUCGAGUUACACCUAACGAGACGCAGAGAACGACGUUGAUCGUCGCUGGGUGCUAUAUCAUCGCUAUUGGUAUUCUUUGGCAUGUACCAUACCUGAAUAAAAUCUUGUACCCAUUUAAACUUUUGACUAUGAGCCACGCCUUUGUUGGAUUAUUGACAUGCGCCAAGAUUCAUUCCAUAGAGCUGGAUCCUGAUGAGGGAGGAGCAACACGGAUGAAAGGCGGUAUCAUGUGGUUGACCCUUCCCGCGGGCUACCUUGGCAGCUCGUUCAUUGGUGCAUGCCUGAUCGCAUGCGGCUUCAACACGAAUGCGAGUAAGGUAGCGUCGCUUGUGAUGGCUGUGUUCUUCCUUUUCACUUUGUGGUGGGCGAGAAGGAAUUGGCUGACCUGGGUGUUAAUUCUGGGAAUGUCGGGCCUCACUGUGAUGUUUUGGUUCAUUGAAGGAAGCGUGGCCUUGAGAUAUUUCGUUCUAUUCGUGGGCGUCAUGUCCUGCCUAUACUGCCUUUGGGAUAUUAUCGACGAUACCCUCGCACGGAAGGUCAAUACAUCCGAUGCAAGCGUUUUCGCUGAAAUAUGUGGAUGUUGCCCAUCCAAAGUAUGGGGCUUCAUCUGGCUUGUUCAGGCUUUCAUCUUCUUCGGUUUGGGCGUCAUCGUCGGCUUGGUUGCUUUCAAGCAAGACGUGGAGCAACAGAAAGCGGAUUCUGCCAAAUUCCUUCCCGUUCCCAGUGCUAAAUCCGAUUCUGGCGCACUAGAGAUGGGGCCUUCCAUGUUGAGCGUGUGGAUGAUUUCCGCUGCUCUAACAGCUUUUGGGCUGCUAUGAGUAGCCUGGUGAUGUAUUGAUGAUUCAUGACUCUAAUGGCCUCUCACGAUCGACCAGCACCGAUGGACUUUGGGUUAGUGGCCCUCAUGUAUAUCUGAUAUUUAGUCUCUUGCUGUAUCUUCUACCACGCGAAUGGACUUAUAAUUUGAAGCAUUCAUUGUUUAGCACUUUGAUUCGGAAAUACCAACUAGAAACUAACGUAGAAAUAGUCGUGAAUGGCAGAAAUAAU